AUGGAUGAGGAGGAGCGCAAGGCGGAUGCGUCUCCAGCCAUCAAGAUGGAGGACGGCUUUCGAGAGAAUGUGACGGCCCUCAAGGCACGGCGCAGUGCUUCCACCUCACCCAACGAGUCGAAGCCCUCGAGAUCUUCGAGUCUGUCGCCAGGAGCAAAGGCAGACAACGAGAGCACCUCAACACCCGAAAACGACCCUGCGCCCAAACUCUCGAGAAAAUCGUCCUCCAAAGCUGUCUCGCGCACACCGCUCCUCUUCGGCCACCUUCAAGAUGUCACGGAAGAGUCCAUGACGUCCUUCCAGGUCAUUCCCGACUGCCUGUACGGCUCGAAGAACAUGGGAUCAUCAGAACACGAUGCUUUGGAUUGUGAUUGCGCUGAAGAAUGGCAGAAUGGCCACAAUCACGCCUGCGGGGAAGACUCCGACUGUAUCAAUCGAGCGACCAAGAUGGAGUGCGUUGACGGCGACUGCAACUGUGGCUCCGGCUGCCAGAAUCAGCGUUUCCAGCGCCGACAGUUCGCAAAUGUCUCCGUCAUCAAGACCGAGAAGAAGGGCUUCGGCCUCCGGGCAAAUGUUGACCUGCAGCCCAAUGAUUUCGUGUUUGAGUACAUCGGCGAAGUCAUCAAUGAGCCGACUUUCAGACGACGGAUGAUGCAGUAUGACAACGAAGGCAUCAAGCACUUUUAUUUCAUGUCACUGACGAGGACCGAAUUUGUUGAUGCCACCAAAAAGGGCAACCUGGGUCGGUUCUGCAAUCACUCCUGCAACCCAAACUGCUAUGUGGACAAGUGGGUGGUUGGCGAAAAAUUGCGCAUGGGCAUUUUUACAGGCCGUGCAGUGAAGGCCGGCGAGGAGCUCGUCUUCAACUACAACGUGGACCGCUAUGGCGCUGACCCGCAGCCCUGCUACUGUGGUGAGCCAAAUUGCACAGGGUUCAUCGGCGGCAAGACCCAGACAGAGCGUGCCACCAAAUUGCCCCUUGCGACCAUUGAGGCACUCGGUAUCGACGAUAGCGACAGCUGGGACACCGCUGUUGCUAAGAAACCCCGCAAGAAGAAGCCCACCGAGGACGAGGAAGAGUACGUCAAUAGCGUGCAGCUUCGCGGCCUCGAUGAGAAUGGUGUCACCAAGGUCAUGGCCGCCCUGAUGCAAUGCAAGGAAAAAUGGAUUGCCGUCAAAUUGCUCCAGCGCAUCCAGAACGCCGACGACGACCGGGUCCGCAACAGGGUUGUGCAGAUGCACGGUUACCAGAUCCUCAAAACCACGCUCAACGCCUUCAAAGACGACCACAACAUUGUUCUCCAGAUUCUGGACAUCCUCUACAAAUUCCCUCGAUUGACCAAGAACAAGAUUUCCGAUUCCAACAUUGAGGCAGUGGUCGAGAGUCUCACCGCGUCGGAGCAUGAGGAGGUGGCGGCCGAGUCGAAGCGCCUCAUGGAAGAGUGGAGCAAAUUGGAGACGGCUUACCGGAUUCCUCGAAGGAAAUUUGACCCCGCUGCCCAGCCCGCCAACUCUUUCGAGGAACGCCGAAAGCACGACCACAAGGAAGAGACACCAUCAAAGCCGGUCAUCGCGCCCGGUGUCGUGAUUCCAAAGGGCCCGAAGAGCAACAUCCCUCAGCGAAAUGCAGCAUAUUUUGUCCCGCGGCCCCGGCGGGUAUUCCCCACCGGCAACGCCCUGCCGCAAGGUUGGUUCAUGGCCAAAGACCCCGAGGGGAAGGUGUAUUACUACUCCCAGGGCGGAACCGUAACCUGGCAACGCCCGACUGUGCCGGCGCAUGCGGCCAAGGUACCAUCCAAGCAGCAACAGGACCAGAAGGCCGUCAUGGACAUCAUUGAAAACCUGAGCAAGGAGCCUACGCCUAAACCCUCUGCGUCCCUGACCCCACAGCGACAGAGCACUCCCGUUCCAGAUGCCAAGAAGGAGAAGUGGCGUUCUCUGCCGGUCGAAAAGCAGAUGAGGAUCUACGAGAACACGCUCUUCCCGCACGUCAAACAUGUCUUGGAUAAGUUCCGCCACAAGUUACCCAAAGAGGAACUGAAGAGGUUCGCCAAAGACGUCAGCAAGAAGCUGGUGUCUUCAGACUACAAGAACAACCGCGUAGCAGACCCCACCACCAUCAGUGAAAAACAGGAGAAGAAGAUCCGGAAAUAUGUUAAAGACUUCCUUGAUCGUGCAGUACAGAAGUACCAGGAGCACGAGAAGCGGAAGGCCGAGCGUGCAGCGGGACCGAGUCACGGAAAGUCGAAGGAGCCGAACAACGAAGCCAUCGCGUCUGUUGAGACGCCAGGGACCAUCGGACCCACUGGUGACGAACCUACCGCCCUGAGUGACGCAGAAGACGGCGCGACAGGUUCUCCAGAGCGCAAGCGAAAGCGAGACGAAGAUGAUCUCCUGGAUGCUAGCCUCACUCCUGACGAGACACCGUCCAUGAAGCGUCUGAAGGACGAAGAGACGACCGAGGAACCCAGCCCGCCACCUCCGCCCCCGCCCCCGGAGGAGGCGAUGGAUGUUGACAUGACCCCGACUCAGGCAGCAGAAUUCUCACGCGAGCAGGAGCAGGCCCAGCGGCUUGCCGACGAGGCUGAGCAGGAUAGGGUCCGCCAGGAAGAGGACCUGCAGCGUGAGAACGAGGAAGCGGAGAAGUGGUUUGAGCUGGAGCAGAAGAGCCAGAAGGUGGCUGCCACUAACGGGGCCUCGACUGAAGAUGCCAGCAUGAACGGGACAUCGCCAGCCGUAGAGGGUGGCGAUGCUUCCCAUGAGGAAGCCAUAAAGCGUGAAAAUGAGGGGCUAAAGCAACUGGUUUUGGGGCAGUAA